GAGAACCACCUAGUCGCAACAGCGGAAGCCGGGGGGGACGUCAGAUCCCCGCCGUUGACUGCCAGCACAACCCACCUCAAGGCUCAGCAGCAAGAAACCUCCGAGCUCGAGCUCCGCGGCACUGCCUCACCUCAUGCUUUUCCCUAUUGUCAACCCUCCGAGCUUUCCAUGCGGGCCACGUAAAGCCUUCUGUCGUUUUGCUUUCACCAGCACGCAUACUCCCCAACUGACGACGAACCCCGGAGCUCAACCCGUCUCGCAUUACUCCCACCAUCGCGCCGCCCAAGAUGGGCUUCUUUGAUAACAUCAUGCACCAGAUGGACGAGGGUGUCUCGGGCUUCUUCGGACAAUGGAACGCUUAUACCACUGCCCUCGUCACUUUUCUCGUCGCCAUCGUUACCUACCGAAUCGUCUCUAGCCAGGAUCCCGAUACCCAUCCCAUGCUGCUUGCCCGUCAAGCCCAAGGCUCUCCCGUUCGCCAACCAGCAGAAUCUCCCGUCUACCGAUCCCACUCUGCCCCUCAUGGCAUGCCCCUGAACAGCGGACUGAACGUCAAGGACCCCGGUGCUUCGAAGUGGGCGAGAGGACGUGAUGGAGAUCUUCGAGAUAUCUGGAGAAGAGCGGCGACUGGCGCUUCUGAGGAGGGCAAGCCAGUUGUAGGCAAGGGUCGCUUGUUGACGGUACUGGGCUCCGAGAAUGUUAUCGAGCAUCAACUUGAUGACAUCACUCGUCAAAUCAAUCUCAUCGGACAACACAUUCACGAGCAGGGCGGCAUCCGAGUCGCCGUUUACCUGCCAAACUCUAUCGAGCUUUUGGUGACGCUUUUCGCCUGCAGUUUUUACCCGAACCUCACAGCCAUCCUGAUCCCAUUUGAUGUAUCAGACGAGGAACUCGUGACGAUGCUCCGCCGGUCUGCCGCCGAUACCGUUAUUACAGCCCCUGGCGCGUUCCCCUUCGACUCGGUCGUCAAGGCAUACCCCGCUCUCCGCCAACUCAUCUGGGUUGUAGAUGAGGGAAGUUCUCACAUGGACUGGAAUGAAGUUCCCGAAGGCAUGGGCGGCAGUGUCAACGUUGCGACAUGGCAAGAGAUCCUUCGUGAUGCACCGGUUGAUGCCGCAAGAGAGGUGCCCCCUGUCGACAAGGAAAUCGAGCCGAAGGAUGUGGUGACUUUCUGGCAAUCCAGGCCGGGAACCAUGGAAGAGAUGGUGCGCUUCACUCAGUCCAACUUGGUUGCCGGUGUUGCCGCUCAGCUCGCUGCGAUCCCAACUACCCAACGCCUUGGUCCCUCUGAUCUGUUCCUCCCUGCCGACUCUCUCACGAACAUCCAUACCUUAAUCCUCACAUUGGCAGCUCUGUUCUCCAACUCAUCUGUUGCAUUGAACUCAGUGGCUGGAAAGGUCACGGAUUUGGCCCUGGCUACCCAGGGAGUUGCUCCUACAGUAUUGGUGUCCACUCCCGAGACUCUGUUGAAGACCCACCAGGAGGCAACUAACCGCCUGACCUCUGCUUUGGCCAAGGUCGCUCACUGGGCUCAGUCCCGCAGCCUCACAGAGAGUGGUGUGAUGCCCGUUGCAUCCGCCGCGGCGCGUUUCAACAGCGCAUCUCGACCAGCUAUCGGCAAGACUCCUGGAAAGCUGCGUCUUCUUUACGUCGCGGAUAGGGUCGGGGCUGGCUCACCGCCCUUGUCGUCACGAGAACUUUCCGAUCUUCGCAUUUUCACAGGCGCCAGAGUCAUCUACGCUUUGGCCGCGCCCAAGGUUGCCGGAGCUGUCGCUCAGACUGGGUACUACGAUUACAGAGUGCAUGAGGAUAAGCAGUCGCACUUCGGACCUCCUCUGACGAGCACUGAGAUCCUCUUAAGAGAUACAGAACAGCAUAAGAAUGCCGAUCAGGAAUAUCAGGGAGAGAUCAUUGUUCGAGGCCCUUGUGUUGCAGGCAACGAGGCCACUAUCAAGGCUACAGGCAAGAUCCGGGAUGAUAACACGCUGGCAUACGUAUAGAAAUUUUGUAUGCAAGACCUCUUUGAUAUGUAGCUGAGCCCAUGGAUGUGGGACAGACACAACCCGAU